AUGGCAAACUUCACUACUGACGGUAAACUUUGCAUUGAACGUGAAAUUGAAAUCCAAAGCACCGAUGCACAAUUCGAAGAUUUAAUCACACGAUUUGAUGUUAUUGAAACAUGUAAAUGGAUAAAGGACAAUAAUUUUUUUACGGUUUGUCUUCAGUUUCCUGAUGAAUUGCUUGGUGUUAGUGCAAAAAUAUAUGAAGAAAUAAAGAAACGAAUUGACAUUGAUCUUUAUAUUCUUGGUGACACUUCCUAUGCAAGUUGCUGUGUGGACUCAGUUGCUGCAAUGCAUGUAAAAGGCAAUGCAGUAGUUCACUAUGGUCACACUUGCUUUUCCAAAACAAAUAUUCCAGUGCUAACAGUGUUACCUAAGAAAGAGCUCGAUAUAGAGGCCACUAUGAAGGUUUUGAAGGAUAAUUUCAAUUCAGAUGAUGACAUGAAACUGUGCUUGUUUUACGACGCUGAUUAUGAACAUUGUGGAGACAUGAUCACUAAAUACUGGUUUCAGAACUACCCACAGAACUAUGUUGCUUACAUAGAGUUAGAGGAAAAUCCUAAUAGAUUCUUUGGAAGAGUGGUAAGGAAUAAAGACGGAGAACAGUUCACAGUCGAAGUACUGCAGGAUUGCAUCUGUGUAAAUGUGGGUAGCAGAGGACAAACUUUAUUCAACUAUACUGUGUCUAUAGCAGCUAAAGAAUGGUAUCUGUUAGACCCUGAUAAAUAUAAAGUCGAGCGAUUAGAAGAAACCAUGUGGUUUAAACGACGAAGGUUCUUGGUAGAAAAGUGUAAAGAUGCACAGGUGGUUGGUAUUCUCGUUUGCAAGCUCGCUGGUGAUCAGACCAAAGACAUCAUAAGCAGAAUGAAGAGGUUGUGCAAAGUCAAUGGAAAGAAGAGCUACAUUGUGUCUGUUGGCAAGCCUAAUGUUGCAAAGCUAGCCAAUUUCCCUGAAAUUGACAUCUAUGUGAUGAUUGCAUGCCCAGAAAAUGAGCUUUAUCUCACUAGCACCAAAGACUUUUACAGACCGAUUGUGUAUCCCUAUGAACUAGAAGUGGCCUUGAACUCAAACAGGGAACCAUACUUCACCACCCAUGUCACAGAUUAUGAUGACUUACUGCCUGGACGAAGGCAUUAUUGUGACAUUAACCAUGUUAAGGAGACUACAGAUGUUAGUCUUAUUACGGGCAAGAUAAGAGAAACAAAAGUAGAUACAAACGAAGGCAGCAGUAUGGAUUUAGCAGAAAAGCAAAAUUGGGCAUUAGAGAGUAUCGGGCAAAAUCUCCAAGACAGGUCCUGGAAAGGUUUAGAGCAAAAAUUAGGUGAAAGUGAAGUAAAACAAGCAGAGGAAGGUCGUAAAGGCAUACCUUUACAAUACAGUAACGAAACAAAAUGA